AUGGCCGGUGAUAACGGGCUCCGUCGCCCCUCGCGGGUGUCGGUCGAGCAGGGCGUGGCCACCACGAACGCUGAUCGAACCCUCGAGGAUAUGGGAUACAAGCCUGAGUUAUCCCGCAAUCGAUCCGUCUGGCAGGUCACCUUCAUGUGCUUCAUUCUCUCCUCCGUGCCCUACGGUCUCUCUACUACCUUAUACUACCCACUCGUCGCCGGAGGCCCCGCCAAUGUCAUCUGGGGCUGGGUGAUUAUCUCGUUCCUCAUUCUCUGCGUCGCCAUCUCCCUUGCUGAAAUCACCUCGGUGUAUCCGACCGCCGGCGGAGUAUACUACCAAACCUUUGUGCUCUCUCCGUUGUGGUGUCGUCGCGUUGCAUCGUGGAUUUGCGGGUGGGCGUAUGUGGCAGGAAACAUCACCAUCACCCUGGCGGUGAACUUCGGAACCGCCCUGCUAUUUGUCGCCUGUCUGAACGUGUUUGAGACCUCGACCGGUGCAGGGAUCACCGAUGAUUUCACGACCUAUCAGACGUUCCUUAUCUUCUUGGCCAUUACCCUGCUGACCCACGCGAUCUCGGCAUUUGGCAACAAAUGGCUGCCCUGGUUGGAGACAUUUGCGAUCUUCUGGACGAUGGCCGGAUUGCUCGCUAUCAUUGUCUGCUUGCUCGCGAUCGCCAAACAAGGACGCCACAACGCCGCCUGGGUCUUCGGACACUUCGAACCCCAGGCUGGGUGGCCGGCAGGAUGGUCAUUUUUCAUCGGUCUGCUGCAGGCGGCGUACGCCACCUCGGCGACUGGCAUGAUUAUCUCUCUCUGUGAGGAGGUCCGAGAGCCGGCCGUUAUGGUCCCCAAGGCCAUGGUCGGAACCAUUGUCAUCAACUUCAUCGCCGGUCUGCUCUUUUUGAUCCCCGUCUGUUUCGUGCUGCCCGAUUUGACCUACUUGGUCAAUUUGGCCUCGGGUCAACCCACCCCGGCCAUCUUCAAGGCUGCCAUCGGAAACAACACGGGCGCAUUCUGCCUCUUGAUCCCCCUGCUGGUCCUAGGUAUCAUCUGUGGCGUGGGCUGUGUGACGGCUACAUCGCGCUGCACCUGGGCCUUUGCGCGUGAUGGAGGUAUCCCCGGGUCUGGCUGGUGGAGCCAGGUUCACUCGAAACUGGACAUUCCCUUCAAUGCUCUGGUUCUGGGAAUGGUGGUAGAAAUCAUUCUCGGUGUGAUUUACUUCGGUUCCACCGCGGCGUACAAUGCAUUCUCUGGUGUUGGUGUCAUCUUCCUGACUACCAGUUAUGCUUGUCCGAUUGCCGUUUCGCUCAUCUUCCGCGGUCGCGAAGAUAUCAAGAAUGGCAGCUUCAACUUCGGUGUCUUCGGCUUGAUUGCUAACGUCCUUGCCUUGGCUUGGAGUCUUCUUGCGAUCCCUCUGUUCUGCAUGCCCACUCUCAAGGUCGUUACCAAGGAAAGCAUGAAUUAUGCUUCGGUCGUGUUCGCUGGAUUCAUCGCCAUUGCUGCGAUCUGGUACGGUGUGUGGGGAUACCACAACUACCGUGGACCUCCAACUGAAGCCGUCGAGCAUGAGGGGUCGUCGUCCCCUGUACCCACGACCUACGAUGAAGUUGUGCCCAAGGUUACCCCUAAGAAGCUUUGA